GCCGACGUAAGCUAGGCUAGUGCCCCCUGCCUGCCCCAGGCCCGGAUCGGCGUCACUUGUCGGCCCCGCUGACAUAAAAUCCUGUCAUUAAAUUCCGCCCAUUUCUCGCGGGCUAAUCUACUGUGGCCGAGGUAAACACGGUCCUGAGCCGUCCCUGUGGUAGCACCAAGUCGGAGUCGUUCCGAGGGCCCUGGGGGAGGGGGUCCGGUCGGCGGAAUUCCAGCCUUUGAUAUAGCGAUAUCGGGUUUAUCUGGUUGAAGUGGUCGCUCGCGCGUUCCAGGGGGUGGUGUAUAUAAAGCGCGCGUGCCACCACUUGAUCGGAGGCUCCGUGCAAGUAGCCAGGGUCCGAGCGCCUUCAGGCAUCGAUCACACCCCUCCAGCACAGAGGACUGCGCAGCCUCUGCAUCUGCAUCGAGCCGGUUGGGCGCAGCGCUGGAGAGGACGACUCCGCGGUGCAAAAUGAAAGGGCUGCCGAAGUUGGCAACGCUCCUGGUCGGCCUGCUGCUGACGGGGUUGGGGACUGCCGUACAGUCCGACUUUGAAGAUUUUCUGAUGGUGGUUGAGGCGGAGAGCCGAGGAAGAGGGGGCCGGCCCACGAUGCCUGGUGCCCGACUGAAGACACGUAUGCAUACGGAAGGCAUGCGCCAGGGGCCCGGCUGGGACGACGAAGACAGCGACGCGGAAACAAGCGGAGAUGACGUCGACGCCGAUCGGCCGCAGUCGCGAGCGACCGGCCGCAGUCGCAACCCAGUCUUCCGCCGAGGAGACCAGCCUGCCCGGCGGUUCAGCUGCUGCGACUUCGGACGGCUCGCCGGGAGCGGAGGGUACCACUGCAACCCCGACUUCUACAAGCCGCAGAUAUGGUUCCGUCUCCGAAACCAGUUUGAGAUGAAGCAGAGGAUGAUGGGAAAGCGGGGCAGCUUCCCGCUGAUCUCCCAGUUCAGAAAGUGUAUGAACGGGAAGAGGAUGGCCAAGAACGCCUUCCACAAGUGCUGUAAGGAUACCCACAUGGAGGCUAUGCUGGCCCAAAAGCACAAGAUUCAUUGGUACAUCUGAUGACGGGAAGGAAUGUAUCAAUGUCGUCCGAUCUAAGGACAUGGAGACGGUCAUGUUUAAACACAGUGAAAGACGUACGUGUGGUCGAACUGAAUAGAGGGCAACAAAGAACAUGUCGGACACGGCAAACCAAAUGGACUUUUGGAAUGGGCUCGUGUCAACAGCGAAUCAAACAAUGGAGAACAUUUCGGAAGACUUCUUUAGGGCUAUUUGAGCGUCACUAUGUGUAUAGAAAAUGGCAGAUUGACUGAAAAACUCGCUGCAUCGAAUAAAAAAAUCAAGCAAAUAGUAAGAUCGUAGUUCGGAAUGAACGGGCAUUGCUUGGACAAGAAAAGAAAUAGUCUGAUACAGACAUAUAAUGUCGCCUGUACAUCUAUAAACGGUGUCAAAGGAUAUCUAUUUUUUUAGUUCCAGAAGUUUAUGAACAGUAUACUGUAUAGAGCUUCGUGGAAAGAGCUUUGACAAAUUUGAGACGGGUAUGUUUACGUAGGGAGCUCAGGAUAAACGUGUGCAACCUAAAUACUAACAUUCCUACCAGUUAGAACUCAUCUCACUAAUGUUCUCUCAAACUCCGAACUGAGUAAGUCUACAGCUGUUUCAGUUGGGGAGGAGGACAUGUAGAGGAUUGAAGUCAAGCUAUUGUGACUUUUGUGAAUGAAAAAUUACAUAUUAUAUAUUAUAUUCUGGAUCUUACGUUUGGUAUGGACUUUUUUGUCCAGACUGCCUGAAUAGCAGGGAAUGCCCGAAAAGCUGCGCAGGUCUCCCAGUGUUCUCUGUAGCUAGCUAAACCUACAGUCCUUCCCAUUUGAGGGAGCUGAGGUUCUGUGUUGCUCUGGUGGAUACAUGGUGGUAACGUGUUUGUGUUCUCAGGGAGGUUUGCCCAGGCAUUCCAACCUUUCUGUCAUACGAUACUCUUGCAAGGUUUGUUGUUGUUGUUGUUGAUGACGCGUGAAGCUGGCUCCGAGGCACUGGAAUUGAUUGUCCGUAAAGCGACUGACCGAGUUAAGAAUGGGAAGUUAUUGUUUAAAUACUGUUGUAAAUACAGAUUGGAGAGACCACGUUGUGCCACAGAAUAUGCUAAAAACGAAUGUUUUUUCUGACUUUCAACACAAAUGUACAAAUCUUCACGACGAGAAGUACUUUGAUGGCAUUUGGCAUAGUUCUGUGUAAAACUGGGUCGGCAAAGGAGUAAGUAGCUCAGGCAUACCAAGACGUGAACGACACUUGUGCCCGUCUUAUGUAUAUUGAUUCUUAUCACUCUAUUUAGGUUUCCGCGAAAAGUUGAUCAUGGGGAGCCUAUGUUCGUUAAGUUCUUUUUGUUAUCAUUGAAAUGUAUAGCAUCUGUUAUAAAUGUUGUUAUAAGAUUAAGAAGACGCUUGGUAUCUUUGCUCGUUGUAGCGACUCAUGUGUGCGGUGAAUUGUUAGAGACAAGAAACCGACAAGUGAGGAGGGAAACUGUCGGGUAAUAUAUAUUUGACUGCUUGUAGAUAAGGAAUUCUCGUAUCUGUUAUGCUUGGAUGGGUGAAAAAAAAAAUCCCCACAUGAGCAGAAAAUUGAUCAGUGAAAAGUAUGAUGUACUGAAAGGGCUGUUUAAUAAAACUGACAUCCGAAUGCA